CGAUGCCGCCCGCCUGGCGGGGCUCCCCGCGGCCCGACCGCGCUCCCGCCACCGCCUGACUGGCCCGGGGAGAGGGCGCUGGAUGCAGGAACUGCCCGAAAGCACCGCUUGCCAUGUGCGCUGGUAGCGCCCGGCUCGGGCAGCGCCCGCGGCCCGGCACAGGGUAGGGUAGUCGGGGCGGCAGCCGGGCGGGGGCGGCCCCGGGCGCGCCGCGACCAUGGUGAAGGAGGAGUGCAAGGCGCUGCUGGACGCGCUCAACAAGGUGACCGCCUGCUACCGGCACAUGGUGCUGACCAUCGGCGGCACCUCGGACUCCCAGAACCUGCGGGAGGAGCUCAAGAAAACCCGGCAGAAAGCCCAGGAGCUGGCGGUGGCCAACAGGAACAAGCUGACCACGGUCCUGAAGGACAAAACCGUGAGUAAGGAAGAUAAAGCCGAGUUCGAGAGGCUAUGGGUGAUUUUCUCCACGUGCCUAGAGAUCCUGGAGAUCGACAUGAGGAGAGCCCUGGAGCUGGGCCACGAGUUCCCGCUAAACGUCCCCAAAAAGCACCUCAUCCAGACGGGAAUGAGCGGGGGAACCUCUGGCGUGGCCGCCAGAGCCAUGAGCGUCCAGAACAUGAAAUACGAGGCCGAGCGCAACAUAGACGUGAUGGAUUUGAAAGACCUCGAGAACGAAAUCAACCAGGUAGGAGAGAUGAUGUACGAGAUGGAAAUGAAGGUCAAUGUCCCCCAGUGGACAGUGGAGGCUAAGCAAGACCCAGGGGCUGAACUAAAAUCCACCAUCAGCGUAGGCGCUUCUUCUAUUGGCAUGAUCUCUGUGGAGGAAAAUAAAUCCUUCUGCGAUAUCAGCAAGGUUCUAGCUGGGAUUGUUUUCUCUGCUGUGCUCAUUAUCGCCAUUGUCCUGGCAGUGUGUGUGGUUAAACUGUCUUAGGGUGGUGCAAGCUCUGACGGGAGCGACCCCCUCCAGGUCUGCUUGGAAUGUUUCAUGCCUCACCUUUAGUUUCAAAAUGUGUCACUUGGAUGAGGUGAGAAUUUAAACGGAGCACUGGAAAGAACAAGGCAGAACUUUGCACCUCUCAAUAUCCUAAGAUGCACGAUUUGCUUCUUCAUGCUUUUUGAAGAAAAGGGAUGCAAAUCAGCCUGCAGAGUAGGAUGUCUUCAUUUGCUGGACUUGUAACAGUUAACUGAAGUAUCAGGGUAUUAUCACUACUGGCUGUAACAGGGAUUUGUCUGCUAUUAAUAGAUCACUGUUCUCAGAAGCCUGUAUUUUUUGUUGUUUCACUAGGCUCUGGUGUUUGCUGCUGGUCACUGUUUACAGUAUUCGAGAGUAAGACAAACUUGGAGAUUAACACGGGUGUUUUGUCUGACCAAGUGGAUAGAAUACUUUUUUUUCUUCCCAUCAAAUACACAAAAUAUUGUUUCAGUGAAAGAAAGGGGUAAGGAUGAAAACCCCAAUAAAAGAAUGUGACCAACCUCUGAUUUUGAUAAGUUAAUGGUUGGGGAGGGGGGAGAAAACAGAACAAGCAAUGUUUGAUACCAAGUACUGUUUGUUGAUUUAGACUGAAUUGUACAGAACCCAGUUGCAUGAAUUGGCACAGCACAUGUGAAUGACUAAUCGCUUUCUAAAUCCAGAGAGAAAAAAGGGAGAGCUGCAUAUUCAGAAAAAUACUAGCAAGCUUCGUGGAUCUCAUUCAAAUUUACCACAAUUUUAUCUUUCCCUGCAGAAAGGCUGAUUCUUGCCAGUAGUUCGAAUUUUUCUUUCUGUAGCAGCAGUUUGCACUUUACAAUUAAUUAACUAUGAAAACAGGAGCAAUGAAUGUACCCACAGCAGAUACAGUAACAUUUAAAAAUAGAUUUUAGCAAACAAAAAUCAGAUUUGAGUUAAAGCACACCUUUCCAACAGGAUCUCCUCUCCUGUUGACAGGCAGGGACUGAUGCUUGUAUGGAUACUGUCGCAUUUCUGCAAGCUCCCAAAUUCUUUGCAGAAAUCUAGACAAAGCUAAAAAUGUGUCUCAGUUUCAAAUCUCAUUCAUGUCUGAUUAAUCAUCUGGGAAACAGAAAGCCUCUAGGACUGAUCCCAUUUGAUCACUGCAAUUUUGGGAGAUAAAUGUAACAAUAGCAUAAAACUUUCCAGCGCUUCCCUAUAAAAUUGUCAACAUUUAAAUGUAAAGUUGGGGGGGCAGACACUAACUUUGUAGAGAAGCUUCAUAAUGUUUUGUAGAAGGACUAUGUGUUAUGGCAUUUAUUAGAUAACUUAUGAAGGUAACUUCUAUUACUGUGAACACUCACUGUCCGUUCAGGAAUGCUCGGUCCAUGCACAACAGUGCCAUAGGUGUAUGAGGCACUCCACGGCCAAAUAUAAAGGCCCCAUAAUAUUGGGGGUUUAAUAAGUCGUCCUUCAUUGCUUAUUAUGGACAUUAUCAAAAUAAUAAUCAGACAUGUUCUGUGAAGUUACUAGACAACAGUCUUCAUGCUUGUUAAAUAAAACUGACAAUGUUCAUAUAAACACCUAAUCUUUUUGAGUUAACAACUAAACAUACUUUGAAAAACUGCAGCAAACAAUUUAUUCUUUAAAACUUAGGAGAACUGGAUUUGAGGAAAAAAAGUGUAUUUGAAUCUGGUCACUUGUAGAUGAGAGAAAAAUAGUAAGCAGAGGCCUGAAUUAAAAGCUGUAGACUAUACUAAUGUUGAAGGAUAAUGUGAAUUCUGCACACUGAUCCAUUCUAAUUCCGUUCUCUUGGGAAUUCACAGUGU